AUGGACGUGACCUUCGUGUGCUCAAGGGAGGAGCCGUUCAAGAUGGAGGUGGGCUUCUUCGACACCGUCCAGGACAUGAAGCAGAAGCUCCAGAGCUGCAGAGGCUGGCGGGCCUCGACCAUGUCCCUCCUCCACAACGCCAAUGUGCUUGCCGAGGUUGAUGGCGACGGCGACAGCGGCACAGAGAGGUACGGAAUCGUGGAGGGCUCCGUCAUCCACGUCGUCCUCCUCGACAGUCAGCAGCGGCAGCAAAAGAGAAAGGGGCCGAACAAGGGGCGGGACGAGGGCGCGCCGCCGCUGCGAGUGACCGUGGUGUCGUGGUGCGGCGCGGGGCGCGUGGAGGUGCCCGUGGGCGCGCGCGCCGCGGUGUCGGCCCUGAGGGAGGAGCUGGAGCGCGCGCGCGGGGCGGCGUCUGGGAACAGGUUCCCGCUGCCGCGCGACGGCGCCUACUUCUUCAUACACCGGCAGAGCGUGAUGGACGUUCCAGUGGCACGGCGUGGCCUCCGGCGAUGA